GCCAGUGCUGAAUGUAAACAUUAAUGGCGUCCAGCUCAGCUGAGCCGCUGCUGCCGCGAUGAGCGACGCUAUCAUCUGAGGAGGAUAAUGAUACAAACAUGGCCCUCAGUCGCAGCUUUUUUUCCGAAGGAGCAUCGGGAGGCGUAGUGGAGGCCACGGUGAAGAGGGAGAGAGAGCAGGAAGAGCCCAACACAGAAUUCUUGGAAGACAUCAAAACGAAGAUUACAAUACCGUGGAUAAAAGAUGAGGAGCAGUUUUCACCGAGGACAAAGAAGCCAAAAUUCACGGCCAACAAGUAUAACAGCAUCAUACUGGACUGUCGGAGCGUAAGGAUAGGAACUCUGCGUAGGAUGGUGUCCGAGCCCGUCAUUUUUUCCACCGACAACAUCCAGCUGGAAACUGAAGGCCCAGAGCGCGACACCGUCGAGAAGAUUUGUCUUAAGGCGUCAGAGCUGAUCAGAUGCGAGUGGUGCAACGCCCGGAAACUUCCGGUCUUGUUCUUCCAGACGACUCCGGAGGAGUGUGUCCGCCUGCGCACGCAGCUCAACAUGUCCCAGGAGCAGGGAGCCCAGUGGUACAACUGCUCAGGGGACCAGUUUAUUGAGAAGUACAUUAUUUUGAUCUUCGAGAACGGGCUGGCGAUGAAGGAGCAGAUGAUCCUGGACGAAAUCCUGAGCGAGAUCGGCAGGACCAACAACCUCAGCAACUUCCCCGCCAAGCUGACCUUCGAAGAGGCCAACAUCCGACUAACCAUCUUCAACAGGGCCGUCAGACAGAGGGAGGAGAAGUUUAACACAGCAUCCCAAAAGUUGGGAACACCACCGUCUCUGACAAAAGCUGAAGAGCUGGCCCUGAGCCAGAAUACUGGGCGACCAGCAGCUGAGGGCGUCCCUGGAGGGAGCUCGUCUGAGCCAGCUAAGGACACAACUGCUUACAUAAGAUUCACUGAUGGAGCUAUCUGCAAAGCUGAACCUCGUUCCACAACAGAAAUAUUUGUAAUUGAUGAUGAUGAUGAUGAAGACAUGUUGUCUGCCGCCCCAGAGAGGGAUUCAGAGAGGCCUACACAGAGCAGAGCUGGACUUCAACAAGAAGAGCAUCCAACUUCCACAGAGCAGCUUAACACAUUACCAGUCAAGGAGCUGUUCAAAAUGCUCUUAAUCAAAAGAAUGGCAAAAACUGACAGAGAAAUGGUGUACGUGGAGCGGCAGAUAAGAAAGGCAGACCUUGAAAUUGAAUUACUGGAACACCAGUUACAGGGAAGAAAGAACAAAUGAAACAUGGAUGGCUUGUCUUUAUUUGACUUCUUUAGCUGGUGACCUAUGCUAUCUGAGAUAUAGCACUUCUUGUUUAUUUGCUUAUGUCAUAUGUAUUUAAUCCUGAUUUUAUACUCUACUUUUCUAUGAUGGUACUUUAUUUUGCUUUAAUAUUCUUCAUUGCAUUUGAUAUCGUGCUUUUAUUAUUUUGUUUGUAUUCUGUUUGUUCUGUGAAGCAGCUCUUAAAGAAAAGUGGUCUAUAAAUACAGUUUCUUCUUAUUCCCUCAGCUGCUUCACAAACUGUUGGCAUAUGUGACAUUGAGCAGUAAUACCUUCAGGGAGGUUGAGGAUUAACUGGGAUAAUGUCAAAGACGACAACAAUGGUGCUAAUCUCUGUCUGCUGCUGUGCUCACGGCCCGUCACUUUAACGUGUCACAGAAAACACUGAAACAUUAAUGAUGUUGAAACAGUAAUCGUCCAAAGGCCAGACAAGAUUUCAGUAACAGUGAGGGUGACAUCAUAUUUUGUAAUUUGAGGACCUUUAUCAGUGUUUUACUAUGUUUGGUAUCAAAAGGUACAUUAUUCUAACCUACUUAUGUGUCAGACACGUAACACAUUUUUAGUAGCGUUAACGCUGCAUAUUGUUAUACCAUUUUUUCCCCUUAAUCUUUAAGUGAGUACUGCUGCAAACACAGACCCAGUACACCCAUACAACCACUAUUACAUGCUAACGUUCUGCUUGUUGUUGCUUGUUGUUAAGAGAAAUAUUGCCCUUUUCUUGAGGAUUUUCAUGUCAUGUCUUAAUGGGUCAUGUGACCUUGUACAAUAUCAUGAGUUAUUUGUAAUAAAUAUGUAUUUUUCACUUUAU